GGCUCCUUUUCCAGUACCCCUCCCUCCUGCAGGUCCUCCUCCGUCACAACUACCAGGGGCAUCAAGGUACUUUGCUGAUCGUCUACAAGAACGUCUCCCCCCUUCCCUCCUCCCCGACCUCCGCUGCCCCCUCCCUUCAGUUCCGCACAUUCCAAGCCAGCCCGUCCUCCACCGUCCCCGGGCUGCUCCUUCAAGCUUCUCCGCUCCAAGUGUCGGUCUUGGGACCGGGAGAAGAAGCCUCGCAGACGGUGCGAGUGGUGUGUCUGGAGCCCUUUGAUGCCUCGGGGGGGGGCAUCGAGGUCCUGGUUGAGUUUGGGACGGAAGAGGAGGAGGACGGGACGAAUGCGGUCCCUGUGCGGUAUAGCUUACCUCUGCCCUUGCCUGUCUCGGUCCUGCAUUUUGUGUGGGGCUUGCCCCUGCGUAAAGAGGACUUCCUGGCCCAGUGGGAGGCGAUCACGGUUCCCCAAGUUCAAGAUACCUUCUUGCCGACGAGGGAGGAUGGGAAAGGGGAGGGACUGGAGGUGGGACCCUUGAUUCGUCUGUUAACGAAACAAUUCCAUCUGCAAACGGUGCCGGAACUGUGUCAACGCUCGCGACAGGCGCAGACUUGGACGUUUGCGGGGAGCUUGGAGACGGGGUCCCUGUCCCCCCACGGCAAGCAGUUGCGCGUCCUGGUUCUGGUCCGACUGGAGCAGUACGAGGAAGGAGGAGAGCGGUGUGCGCGAGGUCGGAAGGGCUAUCGCCUGACCGUGCGUUCUGAGCAUCCGGCGUGUGCCAUGGGCGUCUUCAAAGCAAUCAAACUUCAAUUGGGCGCGUGACAAGUGCCGCAUUGUGUGUCAUGUGGGGUUUAAGGAGAAUAAAUUUGUGCUACUUGAAAAAUGCGUUCUUGGCGAUGGGCAGGCUGAGGGAGCACGUCAACGAACGAAAAUGCAGGAGAAUUAAUGAAAUUUCUGAA